AUGUACGGCUUGCGAUGCAUCAACAACAUGUACUCGGAGCAUGCUGGGAAGCGUAGCGACUUCAUCAUCGUGGGCCACCCAGAGUUUCAGAUGGGGAAGGUGCACAGCAGCACCCGGCGCUUUCCGGCCUGGGACAUGAGGCCGGUGCCCAGUAAGCCGGGGAAGUGCAUGGCCUCCAACAGGUCAAAGCCAGUGCUGGUGCGCCAGCUAAGCGCGCCUGGCCCCGUCGGCAGCCUGAAGCAGCGGGCGUUGGAGCACAGCUCAAAGCCAGAGGUGCCUUCUGCCAGCCCGCGCGGCAGCCUGGUGGGCGACUACUUUGCCUUCGAGCAGGCGCUGCAUGAUAUGGCACGGCACGAGCAGGAGGCCAAGUACUCCCGGGAGCAGGUCAUGCGCACAGCGGCCAGCUACGCCUGUCGCAACGGCCACUCCGCCACGUGCCGCAACUUCGCGACGCUGCACCGGGAGCUGGACGACCUCCGCAUGAAGCUGGAGGAUGAGCCGGAGAAGACCAGAGAGUCCCUGAGGGAGAGUCCCCGAUAG